CAAAACACAAAAAUUCCUACAUUUUCCAAAAUCACUGUUAUUUCGGAAUAAAAUCCAAGCAACGCCACCGGAACAAAAUGUAAGUUACACAUCCUCUGAAAAAAGAUCGAACACGUCAUUUCGCGCUGGUAACGUUUAGAUUGGUGAUAUAUUCGGUCCGUUUUGCCCGAAAAGGCCUUUGUUCCGUCGUUGCGGAAGACUGCGUGUGCCUGCUAGCCUUUUCUCCUGCACCCGGUCCGUGAGAAAACUUGUUGGUGAUUACGAUGGAUUAAGAUAAUUGUUUGUACUGUGUGCAUUUUGGUUCGCGUUCCUGGACCGUGAGAGACAAAAUCCAUCGUUAGCGGUGUGAUUUUCGUCUUAGGAAAUCGGCAGUCGAAAAAAAAAAAAACAUUUACCGCAGUCGUACGGUAGCGGAAGCCAAACGCGACACUUUCUUGUCGUUUCGGGGGGAUUUUUGACAUAUUAUUUGUUUGUACGCUCUGAGUGUGUGUGUGUGUGUGUGCGUGCGAACAAAAAGACAUGAUUUGUGUGUGAAAUCACACCUGUUAUUUCUUUUGUGUUCGGGUGAUGAAUCAGGAGCCAGUCAUACGCCAACCGCACCAGUACUGCUCCUACUAUUCGGUACAUGCACUAGCAUUUUGUAUGCGCGCUCUCGUCAAACAAUCUGCAACUCCAUCCAUUUUUUACUACGACUAGGAGUGCUGCAAAGUACGGGCGCAGCCAACUCGUACAGUCCUACACACAAUGCUGGCUACCUUUCUGUUUCACGAGCUACCCAUGGUUCUGCGCAUCAUAGACUUCGUAGCAUUUUCUACUUCGCUUCUACGUACCGCAAUGUUGGACCAAAACCUGCGAACACGCGCGCAAUCCUAGGCAGUGCGAGUACCAGACGCAUCUUCGUGGGGGGUUCGUCAGAUUCGUUAUUGAUUUUACGGUUAAAUUUGUGUCCCUUCCGACCGGAACGCUCGAUUUGAAAACAUCACGCGUUUCACUCACGCUGCACGUCUUCUCCUUUUCCCGCAAUUUUUGUGUUCCUCAAUACAGAAUUCGAAAACACUAUCAGCGGAUUGCACAAUACAGAAACCGAAACCAUGACGGAUGUCGAAGACUUUGAAGAUAUGGAAGACUCCAUGGAUAUGGGGUCCAUGGAAUUCGCAAGUGGCGAUGACGGCGGUGACGAUGUCGACGCCGAGGUAGUGGUGGAUGACAACGACGGGGAGGAGGAGGAGGAGGAGGAAGAAGAAGAAGUUGAUCUGGACGAAUAUGAAGACCAAGACGAAAACGGAGAUCAGGAAGAGGACGCCGAGGCGGCAGACGAAGAGGAGGAUGCAGAUACAGCAGACAAUGCCGAAGACGAAGAGGACGACGACGAGGUAGAGGCAGAAGAGGGCGAGAGCGAAGCUGAGGGAGAGCCCGAGGAAGAGGUGGAAGCGGAAGAAGAAGAUGCCGAAACAGCCGAGAACGCAGAAGAAGAGGCCGACGACGAGGUAGAAGUGGAAGCCGAAGAAGACGACGACGAGGUAGAGGUGGAAGAAGAAGACCCGGAUACAGCAGAUAACGAAGAAGACGAGGACGAUGAGGAGGUAGAAGCCGAAGAGGAGGCAAACAAUACAGAAGACGAAAACAAUGACGACGAAGAUGAAAACGACGAAGAGGCAAACAAUACAGAAGACGAAAACAAUGACGACGAUGUUGAUGAAGACGAGACAGACAAUGACGAAGAAAAUGAUAGUGAUAGCGACGGCGGCGACGACGACGACGAUGAAGAGUUAGGGACAAAGGCAUUGUUGGGUCCAGAAAUCAGAGAUGACGAAGACGCAGCUGUUGACUUCGUCCCGGAAGAAGUUGAUGACGAGGACGAAGACAUGGACGAUGAUGACGAAGACGACGAGGCGGACGAAGAAGGUAAGAAAUUGACAAUGACUAUCUGUCUUUUGAAAUAAAUUUGCAGUGGAGUGUUUCACUAAAAAAAAUGUUAUUGAAAUUUCGUAGACGACGAUGCAUCGGACGACGAUCAAGACGGACCGCAACUGAAGAAACAGAAGACUAGUUGAUUCCAAUGGAAAUUUCAGAUAUUGGGGGGAAUACAUCACAAGAAGGCUUUCGUUGCCUGUCGAAGUGUACUAUGAGGGAAACCGACUCGGGAUGAAAAAUGUAAUGCUUAAGGAAUUCUUUACGGGAUCAAAUCAAUAUCCACGUUUUAUUUUUCAAGAUCAAUCUACUCUAGUGCGACGAGUUGAUCCAGUAGUCGGACUACAAGGCAAGCCAGAGACACACUUAGUCUCGCGAUGCACCCUCCUCCACUGCUUCUUUCUCUCGAGGUUAUGUAAUAUGCACCUCCAGUUUGGUACGACUCAACGAUAGCAUUGUAGCGACACUAAUGCACUUCGGAUUGAUCUGUUUUCACGGAUCUCUUCGAAUUUUGCCGUAGGCGCAAACGAAGCCCAGGGUCGUUAUCGGCCACGCAAUGUUGGGGAUGUUGAAGCAAAUGGGACUGUCUCGCAAGUACAAGCAAUACUUGUGUCCGACAGAAGCUUUAUAACUUUUAAGGAACCUAGUUCUUGCAUUCAUUUGUAUCCUUGUUCGAUACUAUACCGGUGUCUAGAAGAAAUUGUUGAUCGUAAU